CCGGGAUGGGCCCUACGACCACGAUGUCAGACACAACAUCAUCGCAAGAAACCUCCACCACCAAGUCAAGUGAAUCAUCGACUUCGGACGGGACGACCAAACCCAUGACGAGCCCUAAGACAACGAUGUCAGACACAUCCACAUCACAAGAAACCACCACCUCCAAGUCAACAGAAUCAUCGACUACGGAAUCGACUACCAAGCCCGGGAUGGGCCCUACGACAACGAUGUCAGACACAACAUUAUCGCAAGAAACCUCCACCACCAAGUCAAGUGAAUCAUCGACUUCGGACGGGACGACCAAACCCAUGACGAGCCCUAAGACAACGAUGUCAGACACAUCCACAUCACAAGAAACCACCACCUCCAAGUCAACAGAAUCAUCGACUAAGGAAUCGACUACCAAGCCCGGGAUGGGCCCUGCGACCACGAUGUCAGACACAACAUCAUCGCAAGAAACCUCCACCACCACCACCCCUGCAUGUCAGGAAGAUCCUAGAGGAUUGAACUACAGAGGAAACUUAUCUCAGACAAUCAACGGUCAUACUUGUCAAGCAUGGACCUCGCAGUAUCUCACUCCAUACGAUUUUACUCCAGCUAACUAUCCUAACGCGGGACUAGACGACAACUAUUGCAGAAACCCCGAUGGAACCACAUCUACAUGCCUGGAAGAUCCUAGAGGAGUGAACUACAGAGGAAACUUAUCUCAGACAAUCUACGGUCAUACUUGUCAAGCAUGGACCUCUCAGGAUCCCAAUGAACACACCACAUCUACAUGCCUGGAAGAUCCUAGAGGAGUGAACUACAGAGGAAACUUAUCUCAGACAAUCUACGGUCAUACUUGUCAAGCAUGGACCUCUCAGGAUCCCAAUGAACACAGUAGGACUCCAGCUGACUUUCCUAACGCGGGACUAGACGAAAACUAUUGCAGAAAUCCAGAUAAUAGUUACACUGCUUGGUGUUAUACCACCAAUCCUAGGAUAAGAAGGCAGUUUUGUGCCGUAGGUCAUUUUGACCCCAGAUGCCAAGCCACAUCUACAUGCCUGGAAGAUCCUAGAGGAGUGAACUACAGAGGAAACUUAUCUCAGACAAUCUACGGUCAUACUUGUCAAGCAUGGACCUCUCAGGAUCCCAAUGAACACAGUAGGACUCCAGCUGACUUUCCUAACGCGGGACUAGACGAAAACUAUUGCAGAAAUCCAGAUAAUAGUUACACUGCUUGGUGUUAUACCACCAAUCCUAGGAUAAGAUGGCAGUUUUGUGCCUUACUUCUUGUAAUCAUUGGUUUCAACAGAAUAAACUCCGAUUCCAACUACUAUGAGCGUACCCACAACAGCGAUACCCAAACAAUCGGAUCCAGUCUCAAACCCUUGCUGAAUGCAGAGAUAGGAGACGAUGCAAGCAAGAACUGGAAGGGGACAUGUGGCCAAUAUUGCAACCCUGAAACCAACACAAGAGGCUUGAGGCUCUUAGAAUUCGCCAAGUAUAAUUACCUGAAGGUGGUGAACGCAUUUGGCCCACACAAACCAUCUAGACGCUGGAUAUGGCACAGCCCAGGAGGACAAUACCACAAUCAGAUCGACGACAUCAUGGUCAAAGGACGCUCCCAGUCAAGUGCGAACAUCGUAAAGAACAGGAGCUUCUCGGGAGGCGACGUCGGAAGUGACCAUGAUCUUGUGAUGAUGACCUUCAGACUACGCCUCCAAAGGAUGAAAAGUCAGGGCAACAAAAUCAAUGAUAGGAGGAAAGUUUGCUCCACUCCUCGUCCUUGGUAA